GGGCAGGGCUCCGCUCCGCCGCCGCAGGUGCGGAGGGGCUGGGCCAGAAAACGCCGAGCCUCGGCCGUGCUGCGCAGCUCCUUGGAGGCUCCUCGCAGCUCCGCAGAGCAGGCGCCGGGCGGCGUCGCGGGAGCGGCGCGCCCGGCAGGGAUCCCCCCGCAGGGCCGCGCCCGCCCGCUCCCUUGGCGGCCCCGGGGCGGCCCCCGCCCUCCCGCCUCGGCGCCGCACCACCGGCGCAGUUCCGGGCCGGGACAGCUCCCGCUGUCGGGCGAGGCGCUUUAGGGCGGGGCGGCGGCACCGGGGCGCAUCCUCUCGGGCUGCCCGGGCCGGGCUGACGCCGCGGCGGUACGGGCGCCGACCCCGUGCCCGCACUGCGCCCCGCCGGCCGCGCGGGGGCGCCCUCCCGCCGGGCCGGGCGGUGCCCGCGCCGCUCCCGCGUGUCCCGGAAGGCCCCGCCGGGCCCAGCGCCGCGUCCGCCGGGGCCAUGGCCGGGCUGGCCCGCACGCUCGGCAUCUUCAGCGCCUUCGUGGCCGUCGUGGGAGCCGCCUUUUACCCCAUUUAUUUCCGGCCGCUGCUGCUGCCGGAGGAGUACAAGAAAGAACAGAUAAUAAACCGAGCUGGUGUUGUUCAAGAGGAUAUUCAACCUCCAGGGUUGAAAGUGUGGUCGGAUCCAUUUGGAAGAAAGUAAUUGGCGGCUGAGUAUAUUGCAAAACUGAAGAUGGACAUCUUCAGCUGCUUCUUCUUUCACUGAAGUGUGUCUUUGUGUGUCGCUGGAGGAGAAUUCUGAGUAUGCUGUGUGGGCACGUGAGGAGCAACAAAGGCUACUGGUUGGAAUCUCAAGAGAUAAAAAACAUGCUAGUUUUCAGAGAGAAUGCUGUUGCAUAGCAGACUGUUAGACAGCUGAAUGAUUAUUGAGUAUAGAAAUGAAAUAUUUAUUUCCUUGAGAAAAGGAAAAAGGAUUUUCUUCGAUUCUGUAGACAUUUGUUGAGUAAAUUAUGGAUAGAAUAAAUCGUGCAGACUGCUGCAAUUUCCUCCUUAGUGUGAAAGUUACAACAUGGUGAGUGUAAAUUUGUACAUUAAAAUUUUUAAACCAG